GGCGGCGCGGCGGGCGGCGGCGGGGGCUGCGCCGCGGGCCCGGGCCGGAGCCCCGGCGGCAGCGGGAGGCGUCGCUGGGCCCCGGCGCGCGCGCGGGGGGCGGGGGCGAAGGCGCGCGAGCAAAGUCCAGGCCCCUGGUCGCAGCGCCCGGCGCCCGGCGGCUCGGCCACAGGCGCGGGAGGUCCGAGGCGGCGAUGGACGUGGAGGCGGGAAGGAACGGGACGGCCCGGCGCCCCCGGAGCGCAGACGGCGACUUGGAGCUGAGCAGCCGCAGCAGCAACCAAGACAGGAAAAAAAUGAAGAAAGUGAAUUUAAUCGGACCAUUAGCAUUGUUUCGAUAUUCCGAUUGGCAGGAUAAAUUAUUUAUGUCCCUGGGCACAAUCAUGGCCAUAGCUCACGGAGCAGGUCUCCCCCUCAUGAUGAUAGUAUUUGGAGAAAUGACCGACCGAUUUGUUGUUACUGCAGGAAACUUCUCCUUUCCGGUGAAUUUUUCAUUGUCAAUGUUAAAUCCAGGCAGAAUUCUGGAAGAAGAAAUGACUAGAUACGCCUAUUAUUACUCAGGACUAGGUGGUGCGGUGCUCGUUGCUGCCUAUAUACAAGUGUCAUUUUGGACUUUGGCCGCCGGCCGGCAGAUUAGGAAAAUUAGGAAAGAGUUUUUUCAUGCUGUCCUCCGACAAGAAAUAGGCUGGUUUGACAUCAACGACACCACUGAACUCAAUACGCGGCUCACAGAUGACAUCUCCAAAAUCAGUGAAGGAAUUGGUGACAAGGUUGGAAUGUUCUUUCAAGCAAUAGCCACGUUUUUUGCAGGAUUCAUAGUGGGGUUCAUGAGAGGAUGGAAGCUCACCCUUGUGAUAAUGGCCAUCAGCCCUAUCCUGGGACUCUCUGCAGCUGUUUGGGCAAAGAUACUCUCGGCAUUUAGUGACAAGGAACUAGCUGCAUAUGCGAAAGCAGGCGCCGUGGCAGAAGAAGCCCUGGGCGCCAUCCGGACUGUGAUAGCGUUUGGGGGCCAGGACAAAGAGCUGGAAAGGUAUCAGAAACAUCUAGAAGUUGCCAAAAAGAUUGGAAUUAAAAAAGCUAUUUCUGCGAACAUUUCCAUGGGCAUCGCCUUCUUGUUAAUAUAUGCAUCAUAUGCACUGGCCUUCUGGUAUGGAUCCACUCUGGUCAUAGCAAAAGAAUAUACUCUGGGAAAUGCAAUGACAGUCUUCUUUUCAAUUCUGAUCGGAGCUUUCAGUGUUGGACAGGCUGCUCCAUGUAUUGAUGCUUUUGCCAAUGCAAGAGGAGCAGCAUACGUGAUCUUUGGUAUUAUAGAUAAGAAUCCUAAAAUUGACAGUUUUUCAGAGAGAGGACACAAACCAGACAACAUCAAAGGGAAUUUGGAGUUCAAUGAUGUUCAUUUUUCUUAUCCAGCUCGAGCUAAUGUCAAGAUCUUGAAGGGCCUCAACCUGCAGGUUCGGAGUGGGCAGACGGUGGCCCUGGUUGGAAAUAGCGGCUGUGGGAAAAGCACGACGGUCCAGCUGAUCCAGAGGCUCUAUGACCCUGAUGAGGGUAUGAUUAGCAUAGAUGGCCAGGAUAUUAGGACCUUUAACGUAAGGUAUUUGAGGGAAAUCAUUGGAGUGGUGAGCCAGGAGCCCGUGCUAUUUUCUACCACGAUUGCUGAAAACAUUCGCUAUGGCCGUGGAAAUGUCACCAUGGAUGAGAUAAAGAAAGCUGUCAAAGAAGCCAAUGCCUAUGAGUUUAUCAUGAAAUUACCACAGAAAUUUGACACCCUGGUUGGAGACAGAGGGGCGCAGCUGAGUGGGGGACAGAAACAGAGAAUCGCCAUCGCUCGGGCCCUGGUUCGCAACCCCAAGAUCCUGCUACUGGACGAGGCCACGUCGGCCUUGGACACUGAAAGUGAAGCUGAGGUGCAGGCGGCCCUGGAUAAGGCCAGAGAAGGCCGGACCACCAUUGUGAUCGCGCACCGGUUGUCUACCAUCCGAAACGCAGAUGUCAUCGCCGGCUUCGAGGACGGAGUCAUCGUGGAGCAUGGCAGCCACAGCGAGCUGAUGAAGAAGGAAGGGCUGUACUACAAGCUGGUUAACAUGCAGACAUCAGGAAGCCAGAUCCAGUCAGAAGAAUUUGAAGCUGAACUAAAUGAUGAAAAGGCUGCCACGGGUAUGGCCCCAAAUGGCUGGAAAUCUCGCAUCUUUAGGAAUUCUACUCAGAAAAGCCUUAGAAAUUCACGAAGGUAUCAGAAUGGCCUCGAUGUGGAAACCACUGAACUUGAUGAAAAUGUGCCACCGGUGUCUUUCCUGAAGGUCCUGAGACUGAAUAAAACAGAGUGGCCCUACUUCGUGGUGGGAACGGUAUGCGCCAUCGCUAACGGGGCGCUUCAGCCAGCAUUUUCAGUCAUCUUCUCAGAGAUGAUAACGAUUUUCGGGCCCGGGGACGAUGCCGUGAAGCAGCAGAAGUGCAACAUGAUCUCGCUGCUGUUCCUGGGCCUGGGGAUCACUUCCUUCUUCACCUUCUUCCUGCAGGGCUUCACGUUUGGGAAAGCCGGCGAGAUCCUCACCACCAGGCUUCGGUCAAUGGCUUUUAAAGCGAUGCUGAGACAGGACAUGAGCUGGUUUGACGAUCACAAAAACAGCACGGGCGCACUUUCUACGAGACUCGCAACGGAUGCCUCCCAAGUCCAAGGGGCCACGGGAACCAGGUUGGCUUUGAUGGCACAGAACACAGCCAACCUCGGGACUGGCAUCAUCAUAUCGUUUAUCUACGGUUGGCAGUUAACUCUCCUGCUGCUAUCGGUUGUUCCCAUUAUCGCUGUGUCAGGGAUUGUGGAGAUGAAGAUGUUGGCUGGAAAUGCCAAACGAGAUAAGAAGGAACUGGAAGCCGCUGGAAAGAUUGCAACAGAGGCGAUAGAAAAUAUUAGGACGGUUGUGUCCUUGACCCAGGAAAAAAAAUUUGAAUCAAUGUAUGUGGAAAAAUUGUACGGACCUUACAGAAAUUCUGUACGGAAGGCACACAUCUAUGGAAUUACUUUUAGUAUUUCACAAGCAUUUAUGUAUUUUUCCUAUGCUGGUUGUUUUCGAUUUGGUGCCUAUCUCAUCGUGAAUGGACAUAUGCUCUUCAGAGAUGUUAUUCUGGUGUUUUCAGCAAUCGUGUUUGGCGCAGUGGCGCUAGGACAUGCCAGCUCUUUUGCUCCAGACUACGCCAAAGCCAAGUUGUCCGCAGCCCACUUGUUCAUGCUGUUUGAAAGACAACCUCUGAUUGACAGCUACAGCGAGGAAGGCCUGAGGCCGGAUAAGUUUGAAGGAAAUGUGACGUUUAACGAAGUCGUGUUCAACUACCCGACCCGGCCCGACGUGCCGGUGCUGCAGGGGCUGAGCCUGGAGGUGAAGAAGGGCCAGACGCUGGCCCUGGUGGGCAGCAGCGGCUGCGGGAAGAGCACGGUGGUCCAGCUGCUGGAGCGCUUCUACGACCCAACGUCUGGAACCGUGCUGCUGGAUGGUCAAGAGGCAAAGAAACUCAACCUCCAGUGGCUCCGAGCCCAGCUGGGCAUCGUGUCCCAGGAGCCCAUCCUGUUCGACUACAGCAUCGCCGAGAACAUCGCAUAUGGAGACAACAGCCGGGUCGUGUCCCAGGAGGAGAUUGUGCGUGCAGCCAAAGCCGCCAACAUCCAUCCUUUCAUCGAGACCUUACCCCACAAAUACGACACAAAAGUGGGAGAUAAGGGGACUCAACUCUCAGGAGGUCAGAAACAGAGGAUUGCGAUCGCCCGAGCCCUCAUCAGACAACCUCGAUUCCUGCUGUUGGAUGAAGCUACUUCCGCUCUGGACACUGAAAGUGAAAAAAUUGUCCAAGAAGCCCUGGACAAGGCCAGAGAAGGCCGCACCUGCAUUGUGAUCGCGCACCGCCUGUCCACCAUCCAGAACGCGGACCUGAUCGUGGUGUUCCAGAACGGCAAGAUCAGGGAGCACGGCACCCACCAGCAGCUGCUGGCGCAGAAGGGCCUCUACUUCUCCAUGGUCAGCGUCCAGGCCGGCGCGCAGAACUCAUGAACUCUUGUUAUCGCAUAUCAAAAAUAAACUCAAAACAUUCUACAACUUUUGCUGACUUGUAGAAGAAGUUUCUAAGUCAUCAUAAAAUACAGGUACAUCCAAUCUGGGGUUUGCUAUGACAACAUUUGGAAUUUUGGAGUUAUAAAUCAUCAAGACAUUUCUUAAUGAAAUAUAAAAACAGCUUAGCUCUUCCUGAGUUUUCAAAAACAUACAGGGGGAAAGAGCGAAGUUCAGGUAUAGAAAGCUGUAGAAUUAGUAGAAGCCAUAAGCCACAGUUAUUAUGGUUCUGAACAGUUGGUUAGAUGGAUGUUUUGAGAACAUUUUCCCCAAGUUCAAAGAAAAUAUAAGUUGUUCAAAAGCCUACUCUCUCCCUGGGUGGGUUUCUAAAUUAUUCUACUGGGCAUUGAUUUUUUUUUUUAAAUUAAUGUAUCCCCAACUUUAGGAUAGUCCAAGAGAAAAAUACAGUUUCCCUUAGACAAGGUAACUAUGCACGCACACAUUCAUUCUGUAAAGCAAAAAGAAAGAUAUCAAGUAUUUCUUUUAAAUAAAUGUUUAAACUCAUGAAUAAUUAUUGUACAUAUAUCAGUAUAAUUUGUAACACUGGAAAUACCAAUAAAAAUUCUUUUUCUAUAA